UACCUUGAUGGGUUGCCCGUCUCUGACCAACUCUUCACCACCUUUUGUCUGACUUGUUUCGUUCCGCUUUUCUCCGCUAUCAUGGCGUAUAAUCAUCCAUCUUCACCUGUAUGGAGUCGGUCUCCAGCUCGACUUAGACUUGUUCUCUUCCUUUCUGUGUCCACUCUUAUGAUAUUCCUUUUGAUCCUCUACAGCCCGCAGCCGCCCUCGUGCUAUUCCAACAGCGACACUGUCGUUUGUCGAGUCGCCCAUAAGGCAAAAGACCACCUCCGCUUCAAGAGCCACGACAAAGAACACACUCAAGAUCUAACAGGCGUGAAAUCAAAAUUCGCCUUCGCCACCUUUCUAGCUGGCAGAGAGGAUGCUACCAUUGACGACCCAUACUUCAUCGCCGUACGGAUGCUGACUUACCAACUCCUCCACGCCAACGAAACUCGAUCACACGACCGGUCUAUACCCUUCGUAGUUCUGUGUACAGACAAGGUCCCACAAGAGCAGAAAAGUCGUCUCCAACGAGACGGCGCCAUCGUCGUCGUCGGCGAGUCCAUCCAAUCAGACUGGGCUAAAACUGACGUGGGAAAAUGGCAAGACGUCCUCACCAAGCUCCGUAUCUGGGAGUUUACUCAGUUCGAGCUGGUUGCCCUACUCGACGGAGACACCGUCCUCACGCAACCCCUAGACGGCGUCUUCAACGACCCUGCCGUUUAUCACCGAGACUCUCUCAUUGCCAAAACAAAUGACAUCGACCCCGUCAUAAAACCGGAUGAGCAACCUCUCCCUGCCACAUACUCCUUCGCUGGUGUUCCUGAGAUGAAGCCUGAGCACGGCUACCCGCCUACAGAGGAAAACCAUGAUUUCCCGAACCUCAACUACCUCAACGCCGGCUUCUUCGUUUUCAAACCUGAUGUCGACAUGCUCGGCUAUUACCUCUCUCUGCUCGACAUCCCUGGACGCUUCAGUCCUGACUUCCCAGAGCAGAAUCUGCUCAACUAUGCGCACAGGAGGGAAGGUGCCAUGCCAUGGCUCCAGCUAGAUCUCUCGUGGAACAUUCACAUGCCAAAACUCGAGGAUGUGCAAGGCGGCGUCAAGAGUAUCCACGAUAAGUGGUGGCAACCAGGUGAUAAGAGGCUUGCUCCCAUGAUGGAGUCAUGGCGAUGGCGGAUGGAAGGAUAUUUUGAGAGCCGGGAUGCAGUGAAUGGCGGUGUUUGA